GGCAGUUCAUUCAGCUGUUCUUGUUUAAGAUGUUUCCAGGAAACAUUCAUCUGAACACAGAUCGAGAGCUGCAGACGAACUGAAUCUACUAACAGCAGAGAAGAUGACUGAAGAAGAGAGAAGAAUGAAGAUCAUCUGGACUUUCACUCUGCUGAUGAUUCCUGAUGUCCUGAGCUCCAUCAGUGUGAGAGGAUAUUCAGGAGGAGGAGUCAGCAUCACAUGCAGAUAUGAUAGAAAAUAUACAGACAAUGGAAAGUAUUUUUGUAGAGGAGAGUGGUCCACAUGCUCUAAACUCAUCAAGACUGAUGAGAAAAACAAAUGGGUUGAUUCUGGAAGAUUCUCUCUGUUUGACGACACAACAGCAGCAGUUUUCACUGUGACCUUCAGAGAUCUGAGUGAACAGGAUUCUGGGACGUACUGGUGUGGAGUUAAAAUCUUUCUCUCUGAAGAUCUUUACACUGAAGUGAAUCUGAUCGUUGAACCAGGUGAGUAACUGAGACUCUCAAACCCAUGAUGAUCAUCAACAUCACACACUCAACACUGA